CUGAUUUCAGUAUUAGUCACUAGAAUUUUAAAAAAUUUCUUAUGCUCUUUAGAUUUCUGGGUGAAGUUCUAUAGAAAUAUAAUAGUUUAACACAAAAUGCAUGGACGGCUUAAGAUACGAACUUCUGAGGAAGAAAAACAACGAAAGAAAAAGGAACAAACAUUAAAAGUAAGGGCUUACAAAGCCGCUAUGGUCAAAAUCCAGUCUAAGCGGCAGAAAGGAGAAUUAGAUGAUGAAAUGCUGCAAUUAACUUCUCAAAUAUUAUUACGGAAUCCAGAUGUUUCUACUUUAUGGAAUAUUAGACGUGAGUGUCUGUUAUGUAUGUUUAAACAAUAUGAAGACGAUAAGGAAAAACUGCAAAGCAUAUUUGAUGCCGAACUUUAUUUGACCGAGCAAUGUCUGAUGGUAAAUCCAAAAUCAUAUGGGAGUUGGCAUCAACGAUGUUGGUCACUUGAAAAUAAUUCAGAAGCAAACUGGGAACGUGAGGUGCAAUUAUGUAAUAAGUAUUUAAAACUCGAUGAACGUAAUUUUCAUACAUGGGAUUACAGGCGUUUUGUUGUAGCCAAAGCCGGUAUAGAAAAAAAGCAGGAACUAGAUUUUUGUACUGAAAAAAUUCGCGUAAAUUUCUCUAAUUAUUCUUCUUGGCAUUAUCGAAGUCUUUUGCUGCCAGUUUUGUAUCCAUAUGAGGGUGUUGCUGUACCUAAACGACCAAUGAGUGAGUUGCAGUUAAAAGAAGAGCUAGAAAUGGUAUUAACAGCUGCAUUUACGGAUCCCAAUGACAGUAGUGCUUGGUUUUACCAACGAUGGUUAUUGGGUAGUAGAGAAUUUGAUAUCUGUGCUUUCCGUUGUGAUUCAAGUAAGGCUGUACUAGCUUUUACUAGUCCUAUUAAUGGAUCCAACAUUCAUGUUACUAUAUCAAACAAACAAAAAGAAACCGUUGCAAAUAUUAGCAAUUGGUGCGCACCAAAUGGCACUAAUAUUAGUGAUGUUUGGACUGUUACGCUAAAUGAUGAUAUUUGUAAAAAUGAUAUAACAAAUUAUUGUGAUGCUGCAAUAGACAUUCCUGGAACAAUUAAUAAAUUAUUGUCACUUAAGCUUUAUAACAGUAGUUGCUAUUAUUUCACGCCACCAAAUCGUACUACAGCUUAUACUCCAGCCGUGCUUGAAGAACUUGAAAGUCAAUUGGAAUCGUGUAAUAGUCUUUUGGAGUAUGAACCAGAUAGUAAAUGGACUUUAUUAACGUCUGCCCUUCUUAUGCGUGCGAUAGACAAUCAAAAGUAUCAUAAGAAAACAUUGGAAUAUAUUGCAAAACUGCAAACAGUAGACUCACUUCGAAAAGGUUAUUAUAAAGAUCUAACUACUAAGUGGAUAUUAGAACAGCUACUGCUAGAAUGGUCAAGUUCCGCUCUUAUGCCUAAUAAAAUCGAUUUACAGGAACAAACGCAACUAACUGCAAUUGAUUUCACGCAGUACUUUUGUAUCGCCGAUGAAGUUCUGCUGCCCAGCUAUCUUAGUGAAAAUAAAUCGGUGAUUGAAAGAGUUAAAUCAUUUGUGACCCUGUUUGAGGUAUAAGCAUAUGUAUUUGGAAAGCCAGAAAUAAAAGUUCUAGGAUCAUUGCUCAGUUUAAUACGUCUUCCUCCGUCGCCACUGUGUGUUACUUCAACUAAGACUGGUCCCUCGCGAU